AUGAGUGAGCCCGUAGGUAGCCCUCAUCCUUGGAGGCCUCAUGGCCGACAUGCACAUGAAGGAAGGAGGGAGGAACGGGUGAACCGUGAGGGAGAUGCUAGAGGUUUCGGUCCACAUGAGAGGGGACUCCCAAAACCUAAAAUUGAGUUCCCAUCUUUUGGAGGAGGGGAUCCUUAUGAGUGGCUCGAUAAAGUCGAGCAAUAUUUUCAUGUAUAUGAGAUCCCUAGAGAGGAGAGGGUGACCUUAGCUAGCUACCAUCUGGAGGGGAGAGCCAAUAGGUGGUGGAGGUGGCUAAGGAAUAUUUAUGAAAAAGAGAGGAACUACUUAGGGUGGACGACCUUUGUCCAAGAGUUCAUGAACCAAUGGGGGCCUUCACCAACUGUCAAUCACCACGGCCAAUUGGCCAAGCUCAAGCAAGAAGGCAAGGUGCAAGCGUACAUCGACGAGUUUCGCCAACUUCAAACCAUGGUUGAGGGUUGGCCGGAAGAAGCACUACUUGGCACCUUCGUGGACAGGCUCAAGCCUUGGCUCUCCAAGGAGAUCAAACUCAAACAGCCCACCCGCCUUCAAGAAGCAAUGAGGAUGGCGGAAAUCCUUGAUCAAGCCAACAUCCAUGACUAG